AUGUCCUACAACCCAUAUAACAAUUCCGGCUAUCCACAUUAUCCACCCCAACAACCAGGUUAUCCAGUUGGAUAUGGUGCUCAACCACCGAUGAUGCCAGUCGCCCCAGUUGUUGCGCCAGUUGUUGCACCUGUACCUGUUAUGGUACCACCUGUCCCAUCUGUGGUUGUUGUUGAAGAACCUGAUCAUCAUCAUCAUCACGGGAUUCUACAUCAUAUGAACCCAUUCCACCAUCAUCAUCAUCAUCAUCAUUGUUAA